AUGGCUAUCCUUGCGCCAUUCUUGUCUUCUUUCGAAAGUGUCGUACUCAGCAUAACAGCCAUCCACAUAGUCCUCACCACUUUGUGGAACUGGAUAUGUCGACCCGCAACUCCUACACCAGAAGAGCUCAUACGAUCAAGACGCGAAAACCACAAUGGUCGAUCGGCUGUGAACAGAGUUAUUGAAGCUGCCCCCCGGGCUGCUGCUGGCAAACACCCUUACCAUAGGCCUUGUCACAGCUGGUCGUGGUAUGCUAUGUACUUAUGGCCAGCCCGUGGUGACCAUCUUCGCCGUAAGCCUCGUCGCAAAUGGUGGUGGUACAUUUUGGCCCUGUGGCCAGCUCAUGAUGACCCAAAUCGGUGGUUCAUUCUGAUCGCGGCCGGGUCCAUUAGUAUACUUACCUUCAUUUUCUUCUUACGAGAGAUAUUACCGGACAUUUAUCAGGGCCAUGUUCGAUUCUUUACAAUCCUCUCGUUUCUGGCACUCGAAGUCGGACGCGCCGCCUAUCUUUACCAUGUCUUGAAAGACUGCUCUGUUCUGAUUCGAGAAGUAUGCAUUGGUCUCAUGGGUCAUGUCACUGGUGGUUUCUGCCGCCUCGGCAGUCUAUUUGCCGUUCCCCCGACGAAACAUUGA